AUGGAAGACGACUCGGACGAUGCUUCAUCAAGCGGCCCAGCCUCAGUUUUACGAAGUCUGCAGCUUGAAAGCGAGAACCGAGACUCUCCCAAUAGCUCCAUGACCUCGGGCUCAGUCACCUCUUCGACCGCAGAACAAAAGACUAAAAUCACGCUCAAGAUGAAAGCCGAAUCGGAAAACUCGAACAAUGUAAGCCCGUACAUGUUCUUGAAAGCCUCGACCACCUGCCGGCCCAAAUCAUCUAUUCCUCCGAGGCUAUCCCCUUCCGAAUAUGCCAAUCAGUGUGUGGCAGCCGCCGAAGCCUCGAGGCUCGACCCGUUUGCCUUGCACGAAGAUGAGCAUAGGUUGUUGCAAGACAAGUUGUGUUACUCUCACGUCACAGUAUAUUUGAAUAUACGGAAUGGCAUUCUCAGGUUGUGGACUCGAAAUCCAAGCGUGAGCGUCACCCUUGAUGAAGCUAUCGGUUGUGCAAGAGAUGAGAGAUGGACCCGUCUUGCUUGUUUUGCAUACGAGUGGCUUGUGCGCCGAGGCUACAUCAAUUUCGGAUGUGUCGAGCCACCUUUCCUCAGCCGAAGUGUUGGCCGUGGCCGUAAGAAGGAAGCAUCACGAGAGACCAUUGUAGUCAUUGGCGGUGGCAUGGCUGGACUCAGUACCGCACGCCAGCUCACCAACCUGUUUCGGCACUAUCCUGAUCGUGCUGCUCCAAGGAUCAUUGUCCUGGAAGGCCGUGACAGAAUUGGUGGGCGAAUUUACUCACAUCCACUUACCAGCAUGCGAUCUUCCAGGCUCGCCCCUCAUCAGAGGCCUACGGCUGAGAUGGGCGCACACAUCAUUGUCGGCUUCGAACGUGGCAAUCCUCUCGACCCUAUAAUUCGUGGGCAGCUUGCUCUCGAAUACCACCUCCUGCGAGACCUCUCCACCCUCUAUGACAUUGAUGGCACGCCUGUCAACGGUGUGAAUGAUGCAAUGAUUGAAAGAUUAUACAAUGACAUUCUCGAGCGUACCGGUCAUUACCGGCUCAAGCACACUGUCAAGAGAACUGCGCCAGGUGACAAAGAUUUGAUUGAAGCGGGACGUGAUCCUCCAGACGAGGACGGAAUCACCAUCAAACAGUUUGAAGAAGCUACUGCACUGGGCACAAUUGAUCAGCUCUUGCCAAAUAAGAAGUCCAAAAGACGUGGCGCAGGCCAUAGAGCUGCAAAGGGAGACAAAUCCUCAGAAGAAGUGGAUACAAGCAUGGAAACCAAAAUGCAACUUCCCGCGGCUCAAGCAGCCAAGGAGUUUGGGUUCCUGUUACGAAAGACAACACAAAUGCAUGAAACGCUCGAGCUAGAUGGCCUUGCCUCGCAGCUCAACCAAUCUUUGGGCGCUGUCAUGAAUACUGGUGUUGACCAGUACCAGAAAUUUCUCGACCUCAAGCCCUAUGCUCUGCGGCUGAUCAACUGGCAUUUUGCGAACCUUGAAUACGCAAACGCAGCAAAUGUUGACAAAUUGAGCCUCCGUGGUUGGGAUCAGGACAUUGGCAACGAGUUCGAAGGAGAACAUGCUCAAGUCGUCGGUGGUUAUCAGCAGGUCCCACGUGCAUUAUGGCGCCAUCCAGAGCCACUCGAUGUGCGAACAAGGAAGCCCGUCAAGAGCAUUCGAUACAGCGCCGUGGGCUCGCAGGCGAAAGCUACCAUCACUUGUGAGGAUGGGCAAUCUAUCGAAGCGGACAAGAUCGUGUUCGCUGCUCCACUUGGAGUGCUGAAAGACCAAUCAAUUCAAUUUGAUCCACCUCUGCCUCAAUGGAAGCGCGAUGCCAUUAGAAGGAUGGGUUUUGGCUUACUCAACAAAGUCAUCCUAGUAUUCGAGAAGCCCUUCUGGGAUGUCGGCAGAGACAUGUUUGGUCUCCUGCGAGCUCCUCGUAACGGACAGGGCACCCACCAGAGAGACUACAAAGAAGGCCGUGGUCAGUUCUACCUGUUCUGGAACUGCAUCGACACAAGUGGGCUUCCCGUCCUGAUUGCUUUGAUGGCCGGCGAGGCGGCACACGAGGCCGAAAAGCUCAGCGACGAGAUUCUUGUUGGACAAUGCCUUGAUCAACUACGCAACGUUUUCGGCCCUGCAAAUGUUCCAAUGCCUAUGGAGUCGAUUGUCACUCGCUGGGGAUCGGAUCGUUUCGCUCGAGGGACUUAUUCUUAUGUCGCAGCUGAAGCAAGACCUGGCGACUAUGACCUCAUUGCGGCGCCCAUACAAAAUCUUUUCUUUGCCGGCGAAGCAACGAUUGCAACUCAUCCAGCGACCGUUCACGGUGCAUAUUUGUCUGGUCUUCGCGCCGCGCACGAGGUCUUCGAAUCACUAGUGGGACCGAUAGCCAUUCCACCGACGCUCGUGCCCUCGGCCAGCGCAAAGAAACCGGCCGCUGCGGUCGAUUUAAAACUAAUGGAAACCCACAUGGCACAAGCCGGCAAAAGAAAAGGUGACGAACUGCUCCCUGCCGGCACCUUCACACGACCUGUAAAGGAGAAAGACAAUGCUCUGCAUGAAGCAUGGGACGCAGCCAUGUGGGUCCGGAUUUAUGAUGAUCUGGGCCCUCCACCGGUCAAACCAACCAAAGCCAAUGUGAAUUCUUUCCUGAUGUAUUCUGGAGAGCACUGGGAAGAGGUCAAGACCCGUCUUGCAGAAGAACGGAAGAAGAGCGGCAAGAAAACCAAGCAGUCCGAGCGUGAUCAGGUGCGAGUUGAGCUUGGGAGGAUGUGGGCUGCACUCUCAGAGGAAGAGAAGAAGCCAUACACUGACCGCACGAACAAGAAUCGCGAAGAAAACGAAAAGGCCAUGAGGGAAUGGUCUGUCAAGGCCGCAGAAUGGGAUCGACGCACGUGGGAAAUCAAAGACGUGUGGAUCAAGGAAGGCAAUAGUUUCGAAGAGUUUUGCAAGCGGAAACGGGAGGAUGAGGCGGCGAUGGACGCCGAAGCUGCAAAACGAGCAAAGGUCUGA